AUGACGGCCCCAUCACACCCCGGCGGCACAUUGAUUUGCUGCUGCUGGUGCUCCGGCGUCCUCCCCCGGCCUGGUGCCUGCCGGGCCGGCGGCUCACGCAGCCAGGCACGUGAGCGGCCCCGAGUUCCCUGCCAGGGUGCUGGGCUGUCCCCAAAGCUGAUCGGUAACUGGGCCCUCUACACGUACGAGGAUGGCUCCGAUGACCUGAAGCUGGCAGCGUCAGGAGGCGGAGGUUUGCUGGAGCUGUCCGGCCACUUUGAGAUCCAGAAGGUGAUGUACGGCUUCUGCAGCGUCAAGGACCCCCAGGCUGUGCUCCCCAAAUAUGUCCUCGUCAACUGGGUGGGCGAGGACGUGCCGGACGCCCGCAAGUGUGCCUGUGCCAGCCACGUGGCCAAGAUCGCCGAGUUCUUCCAGGGCGUGGACGUCAUUGUCAACGCCAGCAGCGUGGAGGACAUCGACCCGGGGGCCAUUGGGCAGCGGCUCUCCAACGGGCUGGCCCGCGUCUCCAGCCCGGUGCUGCACCGCCUGCGGCUGCGGGGGGAGGAGGAUCCUCCGUCCCAGGGCACCACUUACCAGAAAACCGACGCCACCGUGGAGAUGAAGCGGCUCAACCGGGAGCAGUUCUGGGAACAGGCCAAGAAAGAGGAGGAAUUGCGUAAGGAGGAGGAGCGGAAAAAGGCCUUGGACGCCCGGCUGCGGUUCGAGCAGGAGCGGAUGGAGCAGGAGCGGCUGGAGCAGGAGGAGCGGGAGCGGCGCUACCGGGAGCGGGAGGAGCAGAUUGAGGAGCACAGGCGGAAGCAGCAGAGCAUGGAGGCGGAGGAGGCCCGGCAGCGCCUGAAGGAGCAGUCCAUCUUUGGGGAGCAGCAAGACGAGGACGACCGGCAGCAGCUCAGGAAAUCGGAGUCGGAGGUGGAGGUGAGUGUGGCGGCAGCCCUGCCCUGGUGUCGUCUGCACUGUCCUUUCAUAAAGACAGCUGACAGUGGGCCGCCUUCUUCCUCCUCCUCCUCCUCCUCCCCCCCGCGGACCCCCUUCCCCUAUAUCACCUGCCACCGCACCCCAAAUCUCUCCUCUUUCUUCCCAUGCAGCCAGUCGGACGCCUACCGCAAGGCCUCGGCAGCGGGCUGCAGCCCCUGCGAGUCCAGCCCGGCCGCCACGCCGCUGGGCGAGCCGGGCACCCGCGCCUUGGGCGACGAGACGCCGGCAACGCCCAAAGUGCAUUUUCCAACACCAGUGCAUCCCUGCUGGCUCUGCUGCAUGCCCCCAUGCAUCCCCCCUUUCCGUACUCUGCAGCAUCACCCCAGCGCAUCCCUGCUGCCUCUGCUGCAUCCCUGA